CAAAGUAAAAAAAUAAUAAUCUGGCGGUGCGCGUACAGUACAGUACUCUCUUUAUAACGAAAUUUGCGUCACGCGUACUGUAAACUGUUCCUAAUGUACGCGUAGAAAGUGAUGCAUACUUUCUACUUUAUAUGCGGUGAAUCACUUCCGACUCCGCUGUGACAUAGUUCCGUUCCUUGUUGCGUUGUGUUUUGCAUUGAGUGGCUAAGCUAAAGAGCUGAAGGAGAUAUUAGCUGUUAUGCUAACAGUAUGAGCGCGUCGCGGAAACUGCUCAGCUACACGGCUGCCGUGGCAGCGCUGAUCGCCGGAUACGCGUCCUGGAGGAGCCUUGAUCCCGGAGACCAGCGGAACCGAGAACUACUGAAGAACCUGCCAGAGUCAAACCCAUUGCGGAUGGAGGAGAACAGGAGGAGGAACGCUCAGAUCAUGGAGAUGCUCAAAGAUGCUGCACAGACCAACGAGAACAUAGCUCGCACCUAUGGCAGCCAGAAAUAACCACACCCAGUCACCCUCUUAACCAUACCCUCCAUGUAGCUCCACCCACUGACCCCAUCCUCUCUGAAACUCCACCCACUGUCCCUCCCACCCUUUAACUCCACCAACUAUAGCUGUAGAGGAGCUCCACGGUGCUGAUGUUGAACCUGUGAUGAGCUCCACACUGGCACUUGUGGUGUGGAAUGAGGAGAAACACCUCCUCCUGAGAAAUGACUGGAAA